AUGUCAUCAAUAACUUUAGAAGCUGGCAGUCCUAAUAGUACACUGAAUGGUGCAAAUUUAGUUUUAUCAACACCUAAACUUGGUGACAUGUAUGCUCCAGGCCUGAUAACGAAUGUUCUUGAUUUUGUUACAAAGUGUUAUGACUGGGCUAAACCAACAGCAUUAUCAAUUCCAAUAAGUACUGCAUUCGUAUCAACGUUGAGAGUUGCAGCAUCCGAUGAAGUGAAUCAAGCAUUGAUUAAAUAUACAGCAGAACAAUUUUUAAGAGCAACAGUUCCUGGAUCUUAUCAUUUUGUUUGGGAAAGAGAUGCAACAAUGAAAGACUUCAUGACAAAACUAGGCUAUGAACAAGUUGCAUGCGGAGGUAGUGAACAAUCCCCUUCUCCGUGUGAUUGGACUUUAAUGGGUUUAACAACUGAGAAAGCAAGGGAGCAAUGUAUCUAUCGACUAAUUAAUACAAAAUCAAGUGAAGACGGUUUGCAGAUUAGAUAA